AUGGAUGAAGUCGAGACAGAAACGCAAGGAGUUGAUGAGACCAAGAUGAGGUCAGAUCUUCUCUGGCGGAUUACCAGUUCAUCUCCUCCGCCAACUCGCUUUCUUCUUCUAUCAUCAUUCUUCCUGCUUCUCCACUUAAUUUCUUCCACUGCCUCCGACACGCCUACAGCAUACGAUGAGCUAUUGGAGUACGAUUUUCCGGUUGGCCUUCUUCCGAAAGGCGUCACAGGCUACGAUCUCAACAAAAAGACCGGAGAGUUCAAGGCAUACAUGAAAGAGACCUGUUCUUUCAAAAUUCAGGGCUACGAUAUCAAGUACAAGUCAAACGAUUAG